AUGCUGAAGAGAACACCAUGUUUGUUCCAUGAGAACCCUUUAGGUCUUCCCAGAAAAGGUGUUACUGGUGCACCUCAGUUCCCUCGACGUACCCCCGUUGUAAAACGAAAUAUUCCGUAUGUCAAACGUGUUGUUGCUGUUGCAAGUGUCAAGGGUGGUGUAGGGAAGAGCACAGUAGCAGUUAAUCUUGCGUUACACCUGGCUCUUCAACGGACCCCCUUUGCUAGUAGUUCUCAGCGUCUGCGGGUUGGAAUCCUAGACUUGGAUAUAUUUGGACCAUCCAUUCCGACUUUGAUGGGCCUACGAAAUGCACCCGAGCCAGAGUUAACAACAGGAGGCGCUAUUACACCACUCACGAACCACGGUCUACCUUGCAUGUCUAUGGGCUUCCUCCUACCCAAGAGUCCGAAUCAGAUUGAUGACGAUUUCGACGACACCCCCGUGGUUUGGCGUGGCCUCAUGGUCCAAAAAGCCGUUCAACAACUUCUGUUUGAUGUGGAUUGGCGCGCGGCGUCAGGAAAUGAACUAGAUGUUCUAGUGAUUGACAUGCCCCCGGGUACGGGCGAUGUCCCACUAACGCUAGGACAAUUGGUCAACGUGAAUGGGACUGUGAUCGUCUCUACACCGCAAGAUGUGGCCUUGUCUGACGUCCGGCGUGGCAUUUCCAUGUUCAAAAAAGUUAACAUUCCCAUUAUUGGACUUCUGCUCAACGAGGCGACUUUCAUCUGCCCAUCAUGCACCACUGCGCACCCGCUGUUCGGAUCGCCGGAUGCAUUCCGACACACAGCGGAAAAGAUGUCGAUAGAUAUUCUGGGCGAGUUGCCGCUUGUGAGCGAGGUGAGUUCCGCUGGAGAUGCUGGGAAAUUGUAUGGCCUUGACCAGCAAGAACCGUCUCACGGAGGAAAAAUGUGGCUGGAGGGUAUGGCGACACUCGCGGGGCAUGUCUGGAAUGCAGUCAAAUGA